AUGCCUGCUAGUAAACGCCACAGGGACCCAGAGGAUGUAGCUCUCUCACCGGUUCCCAAACAAUCUAAAAUAGAGGACUUUUUAAACAAAUCUGCUUUUACAGUUCCAACAAAAAACCGGUUUUCUCCUCUUGAAGAUGAUUGUGAGUGUGGGGAGAGUAUUCAAGGUGAGAGCGUGGAACUGGAUCCAGCAAUGGGGCAAGCUGAUCCUGUGCUCCUCAGAGAGGAAGGAAUAACAAGUAGGGAGAGCACCCAAUUAACUCUAAUUGCAAGAACGGUUGAGCAUAUCUUCCAGCAAAUUAGAGGUAUUGCCUCUCAAAUAACCCAGUUAUCCAAAGAGGUCCACAGUUUAUCAGUUAAUAACAAGCAGGCAUCAACAGACCACCAUCGUACCAAAGGAAAUUGGCGACAACAAGAGCAGACCCCUAAGCUCAACAUAAUGCAGAGUUUCCAAAACAAACUCUCUUACUUUCAAUCAAAAGACUGA